UGAUUUUAAUUUUUGAAUAUUUUGAAUAAUGUUUCUUUGAUAUUAACAAUCAUGAGGCAGUUAGAUUUGUGUCGCUGUUGUCUCGCAGUGGGUUGUGACAAAGAUAUUUCAGAGGAAUACGAGGAGGAUGGACGGAAGGAAAUCUAUUCUGACAUGUUGCUCGAUACCUUCAAUAUUUUUAUAUCGUAUGAAGAUGUGGGCGGCAAGUGUCAGAUCUGCGAGGAUUGCAUAUCACGGUUGCGGGAGUCGGCCGCCUUCAAGGCUCAAGUCAUAGAAGCCGGGAAGGCUAUCACACAGAAACUGAAAAAUACAAGGAUAGAGUCGGAGGGUGAUGAAGUGGUGAGAGCGGACGAAAACAUAAAAAUGGAGGUGUGCGAAGAGGUGGAGCUCUCUUACGAGGAUUUUGACUUCACACAGUUCACUGGCGGCAAUGAUGAUGAUGAGAUCUACAUCAUCAAACUAGAGGACGGGUCCUGCGUGGCCGGGGCUGGCGAUGAGAUCAGUGCCCUCGCUGACAACCUCCGGCGGAACGAAAUCACCAGGGGCCUGCUGGGCUCCGAAGUGUCGGUUAAGACCCCUAAACACAAACCUGUUCUAAAGCCGAAAAAAGAGAAGCCAAAGAAAACCCAAACGGAAGUAACUCAGCGCCACCUGGACAUGCGCGCCAACUCGCUCAAGCUCGUCCGGAACUCCAACAUGUGUCUGUUCAAGGCCGGCCGGGGCAAGUUCAGCUGCUUCUACUGCUUCCAGUCUUACCCCGACAUGACCCAACUCCGGGAACACUCGAAAACACACUCUCACACUAAGGAAUUAGUGAUCAAAAUCAACCCGGUCUCUCAUCUAUGCUACAAAAAGGCUGACAUUUCAUCGCUGCACUGCGCUAGGUGUUUAGAACCUUGCGAAAGCAUCGAAGCGCUUCAACAGCAUUUGACAAUCAUUCAUGACUUCACUUUCAGCGAUGACGGACAUCUGUUAAUACCAUUUAAAUUAGAUAACGGCAACUACUGCGCUAUAUGUAAUUUGCUAUGUAACACUUUUGUAUUUUUAAGCAUGCAUAUGAACUCUCACUUCCCCAACUAUGUGUGCGAGACGUGCGGGGCUGCGUAUAUAAACUUCAAAAACUUGGACGUGCACAGAAGAGUUGUACAUUUACGCAAAUGCAAGAAAUGCUUACAAGACAAUUGCACAUGUAAAGAAGUUAAAUUAGGCGGGCGCCAUAAUUCUCGAAUGUGUUUAGAAUGUAAUAUAACAUUUAAAUAUUCAUAUCUAUACAAAGAACAUAAUUAUCAAGUACACGGGGCGAAAAGGCCUAUAGCAACAUGCAAUAUUUGUGCUAAAACAUUUCUAACCCCUAAUAAUCUAAAACUACAUGUCCGUAGAAUACACAAUGCGGAACGGAACCACGUAUGUAGAAUAUGCGAUAUGAGUUUUUUCACAGCGCACGGUAUGAGAAAGCAUAUAAGGCGGACGCAUACCGAUGUGGAAAUAAAACCAUACUCGUGCGACUACUGCGCGUGCAAGUUCAAGAUGAAGUAUUCGUUGAGUAAGCAUUUGAAGAAUAGACACGGACGUCGGAUGGACGGGAGGUUGUUUAAUGAUGUUGGGUUGACGUUGGAAGAGAUGCAAGGAAAAUAAUAUUGAUAAAUUAGUUGGGUUC